AUGCUUCUAGAAUUGAUCAAAGCUGAAAAGAUGCUCUGUACUUGGUUAAAAGUCUGUUCUAUUGAUCGACAGGAAUUCUAUUUAAGGGGAAAGAAUUCACGCUUUUUUCAUUUCUACUUGCCCACCUUCUCGCAAGAGUUGCAGAAAUCAGAAUUGAUGUCUCAAAGAAUGCUGUCAGUUCGUUCUCGAUCGGAUAAAGAUUGGAAGAAAGUAUUCGAAAUGAUCCCUCAACUUGGAGAAGAAAAGUUGGUGAUCGAGUUAAAAGAUGGAGGAACGCUUGUUCGAAUCGAAGGAGAAAUGAAUGAUCGCCGCUUUCUUCUUCACAGUCCUGCCGAUUCAAAGGGUUUUCGCGCUCGGAUCUACCUUGAAAAGAAUUCCUAUGAAGAUUAUCUAUUAUCUGAUGUGAUCGAUCGAGAGGGUAACCGAUGUCUUUCCUCUUCUCCUCCUGUCGCGGAAAUCUUCCCAAAGAAGAUUCGUGAAAUGUGGCUCGGAAAG